AUGGCCGAUCGUGCACGCCAGCCCUCAGGGCUCCGAGCAGCCGCCAAUACCGCGCCAUGGAUUCUGCUAGCGCACUAUUCUCGAGUCAUGCCACCAGCUGGCGGCAAGCGAUACCUGACCUCUACGGCGGUCUUCCUCGUUGAAGUGGUCAAGUUAGCCAUUUCUCUCACCAUGGCGCUCUAUGACGUCUCCAAAGCCGCACCUCCGUCCAUGCCAGCCACAUCCCUCUUUUUCUCUCUUACAAGCGCCGUGUUCUCGGGCGAUAGCUGGAAGCUAGCGAUCCCCGCCGGCUUGGAAGUGCUCUCCAAUUCACUUCUUUACAUCGCGCUAUCGAACCUGCGAGCCGCAACCUUCCAGGUAACCUUCCAGUUGAAGUUCCUGACUACCGCGGUAUUUGGGUUGAUGCUAUUGAAACGGAGUAUCCCCGCCCGAAAGUGGGGUCUCUUGCUACUCUUAAUUGUGGGCGUGGCACUGGUGCAAAUGCCCGACGCAAGCCCGGAGCAAAUCCUCAAGGACGAUGCGAACCACCAUUUCCCCAGAUCGCUGGAAGAGUGGAAGGCAGUCAAGCAAGGGUCCGGAUUGCAAAAGCGUUCCGCAACUUACGAAGGCAUCGAAGAAGAUCUAUCGACCGCGGACCCGCAUUUGAACCCCACAAUUGGUCUCCUUGCGACCAUCGGAGCGUCAGUGGCGUCCGGCCUGGCGAGCAUCUAUUUCGAAAAGGUUCUCAAAGAUAGCUCGAAACACAUUUCACUGUGGGUGCGGAACGUGCAGUUGGCGGUCUACUCCGUCUUCCCCGCCUUUUUCAUUGGAGUCGUUUUCCGGGACGGUGAGAAAAUCGCCGAGGAUGGGUUCUUCCGGGGUUACAACUGGGCGGUGUGGUCUACCAUCGUCAUUCAGGGCCUGGGCGGGAUUGCGUCUGCAUUCUACGCCAGCCAUGCGCAGAAAGAUGCAAGGAGUCUGGCGACAACCACAAACAUCAUUUUGACCAUUGCCGCAAGUGUUUGGCUCUUCGACUUUGAAUUGAAUGCUAGCUUCAUCUUCGGUUCGGCCGCCGUUCUGGUCGCAACACACUACUAUGGAAACCCUACAUACAACGACGGGACUCGUCCACCCCCAAUUCGCAUCGAUGCCUACGAAAAAGAUACCACAGGCCCUGAUGGCUCACCAGUCGAACCACCAAACGACUUUUCUAUCAAACUGCCCACAACACCAUUCCUUUCUGACGGUGUGUCGUCAUCUCGACCUGUCUCUCCGGCGCCGGGCCACACGAGAGUAAGCUCCAGCCGGAACGCCAGUUCGACUGGUUACUUUGACGAGAAAUGA